GGCUCGUCGCCGUGGAGACGGGGGCGGGGCCUCUGGCGCUCGGCGCGCGGUAAGCGGCGGGCAGGGAGGUGCGGGGCCGAGUGGACUCCGGCCGGGCUCUCCUGUGGUCUCUCGAACAUCCAGUUAGAAGAAGAAGAUAAAAGGUUAUUCAUCAAUAAUCUAGUCACCAAGAAAUGUAUGUCAACCAUUGAUUGAAUUUCCAUCCAAAGGGCUCAGCAAAGAAUGGAGAAGACUGACUCCAGGUCUCUUAGGGAUGGUGUGGUCAAGAAACCUUGUACUCCAAAGGCACUGCCCAGCAAAAAGUCUUCUGCCUUCCCUGGGAUCCAGAGGGCAUUACCUAGAAGCAGUCAUUCAGUGCACUAUCAAUCCUCACCGACUUUGACCCCACGCCGUAUAAGAGAUCUAGCGUCACAGAGUUUGACCAAACACCGCAUAAGAGAAUUGCGCAUCAGAUGUGUAGCCAGAAAGUUCUUGUACUUGUGGAUCCGAAUAACUUUUGGAAGAGUAAUUCCCUCCAGAGCCAGGUUAUACUGUGAUCAGAGAAUACUUCAGAAGGUCUUUGGAGAAUGGAGGGAAGAAUGGUGGAUUUCUCAGAAAGAAUGGAAACUCUGCAUUCGAGCUGACUGUCACUACAGAUACUACUUGUACAGCCUGAUGUUCCAGAACUGGAAGACCUUCGUGCAUCAGCGGCGGGAGAUGAGGAGCAAGUUCCAUAGAGCCGAGGAUCAUGAUACAGAGCAGAGGCUGAGACAAGCCUGGAAGUCCUGGUUGAUCUACGUGGUUGUUCGUAGGACCAAACUUCACAUGUGGACCAGUGCUCUAGAAUUUAGGCAGCGGAGUACCUUACGGUUGUGGUGGAGCAGGUGGAAGAGGCAACUAGAACAGGUCCACAUGGAGCACACCUGCCAGGCUAUAGCUGCAAAGCACAGAGCCCUGAGUCUCCAGCUGCAGGCUUGGUCACGAUGGCAAGAACAACUCCUGUGUAGCCAGCGGGAGAGACGGAAGGCAGUCGCUGCCAUGCAACACCAUCAGCGCUGGCAGAAGCAGAGCUCUAUGAGGGCUUGGCUUCAGUACCUACACAUCCGCAGGGUGAAGCGACAGGAGAAUGAGAUGGCUGCACGAUUCCGCCGUGUCUCUGUGCUCCAGAUAUGCUUCUGUGACUGGCAGUGGGCCUGGGAGUGGAGGAAGAGCUUGUCUGUUCACCAGGCCCUGGUGGAGGAGCUGGCCAAGAGGAUGGCCCUGAGGAGGGUCUUUAUCCACUGGAAACACUAUAUACUGCUUUGUGCAGAAGAAGCUGCCCAGCAUGAGGCAGCAGAAGCUCACCACCAGCACAGCCUGAUGCGUUCCUGCUUUAGAGCCCUAAAAGACAACGUGACCCAGGGCCGUGUCUGGAGAGUAAGAAGGAAUCUUGCUCAGCAGCAGCAUGAUGUCACGCUGCUGCGCAGGUUCUGGAACCUCUGGCAGUCCAGCAUUGAGCAGAGGGAGGAGAGAGUGCAGCUCUGCUCACUGCAUGCGGCCUGGAGCCACUACAGGGUGACUGUCCUACACAAGUGUCUCAGACUGUGGUUACAAUACAUGCAGAGGAGAAGAUAUAAACAGCUGCUGCGGUCUAGAGCUGAUGGUCAUUUCCUGCAGAGAGCCCUGCUCUUGGUCUUCCAUACAUGGUGCAGACUCUGGCGAAGGCAUCAGCAGGAACGUGUCCUCCACACAAGAGCAGUGUGUUUUUACAGGCUGACAUUAGAGAAGCAAGUGUUUGCUAUCUGGAGGCAGAAGGUGUUUCAGCAUGGAGAAAACCGCUUGGCAGAGAGAAUGGCUAUCCUUCAGGCAGAGCGGCAGCUUCUGUGGAGGUCCUGGUUCAUGUGGUACCAGCAGGCAGCAGCGAAUCAGCAGGAACGGAAGUGGCAGGCCAUGGCCUGUGCCUACCACCGUCUCAGGCUGCUCAGGAAGGCUUUCUGUGUCUGGAGGGCAAGCACCCAAGGGUUCAGGACAGAGAGGAUGGGCAGUGUGAGGGCUGUGCGAUUCCACUCAGCACGGCUCCUGCAUUGGGCCUGGAGCAGGUGGAGAGAGUGCCUGGCCCUGACGGCAGAAGAGCAGGAAAAGCUGAAGCACGUGGACCUGCACAGACAGCAUGUCCUGCUUCACAGGGCUCUGCAGAAGUGGCGGAUUUACCAGGACAGGGUGCGGAGCAUCCUACAGGAGGUGGCCGCCAGGGAAAGCCAGCACACCAGGCAACUGCUGAGGUGGGUGUUACAUCGCUGGAGAGAAAAUACCAUGGCCCGAUUGGAUGAGGCCAAAAAAAACUAUCAAGCAAGUGUACACUACAACAGGACUCUGUGUUCCAAGGUCCUGGUCCAAUGGCGGGAGGUCACAUCAGUACAGAUAUACUACCGACACAGGGAGGCUGCUACCCUCAGGGAGGCCCGGAAGGCACUGGAUAGGGGUUGUCUCCGGAACUGGUUUCUGCACUGGCAAUACCGCAGCCAGAGGGCAGCCCAGCAGAGACUGCAGCUGGAGCAGGCCGCCAAGCAUCACCAACAGCAGCUACUGCUGGUGGGGGUAGCACGGUGGAAGGCACAUCAUCUGGGGUGUGUCAGGAAAAAGCUUCUGCAGAAGCAAGGCACUCAGCUCCUAGCCCAGAGACUCAGACAGGCCUGCUUCUACCAGUGGAGACGACAGCUGGUAGCCAGGAAGCAGGAGCAGUGGAGCACAGCACGAGCCCUGUGGUUCUGGGCCUUUUCCCUCCAAGCAAAGGUGUGGGCCGCAUGGCUGGGCUUCGUGCUGGAGAGGAGGAGGAAGAAGGAACGGCUGGAAUGGGCUGUGCAAGCCCACCACCAGCAGCUCCUACAGGAGGGUGCCACGCGACUUCUGCGCUUUGCAGCUGGGAUGAAGGUCUGCCGGCAGCAGUGGCAGGCCCAGCAGCAGGUCCAGGCAGCCCACAGCCUCAACUGUGUAGUCCGCCAUUGUGCUGAACUUUGGAAAAAGAAGGUGCUAGGCCCAGGCAAGAAGUCUCAGCCCCCAGCACCCAUCAUACUCAGCAAGAGAGUGACAUUUGAGGAUUCUCUUCUCCCUGAAGUUGCUGCUGAGGCUGGGGAUGCCACCCUGGAGACCAAGAAGCUGAGAGCUCCUCUGUCUCGGGGAGCUCUGGGAAGCCUGGCACUGGCUGCUGGGGAGCCUUGCCUCCCAGAGAUCGAUGCUGCACACUCCGUAAGGAAGCAGCCACGGCGUCCACUCUUCCUGCUGGAGACCUGGGGGAGCAAGAGGUCCCUAGGGUGUGGCACCCUCAGGGAACAGGGGCCUGAGAAGCCUCCAGAAAGGGGUCAAGGCAUGGCCCAGCCAGGAGGCCUUUCUCUGACAAGGCCCUUCCUACCUGGGGCCCUGCUGAAUGCUUCUGGUCUGAAGCUGCCCUCUAUAGCAAGUCCGGGUCUGGAGCUGCUGCCUCCUUCCUCCUUCAUGCCCCAUGGAGCAGGAGCAGCUGCCAGGGUAUCAGCACAGCUCACUACCCUUGGGUCUCAACCCCAGGCCUACCCAUCCCUGACCAGGGACUCUGACCCCCAUGUGUUCCUCUCUAAGGAUUUCACAAGCACCAAGGCUGGGCCUGAGUAUGGCUUUGAAGCUACAGGCUACACAGAGCUUGAGGCUGAGCUGGAAGGGAUCCAGCAGCAACUACAGCACUACCAGACCACCAGGCAGAACCUUUGGUCAUGCCAGCGACAAGCCAACAGCUUGCGUAGGUGGCUGGAGCUAAGCCAAGAGGAGCCCAGGUAUGAGGACCUGGAUGUAGAACAUCAGGUGCAGAAAGAACUAGAGGAGGUGGAACUGCAGAUCCAGCAGCUGGCCAAGGAGCUCCAUGCCCAGCGCCAGCCCAUUGGUGUCUCCAUUGCUCGUGUUCAGGCCUUGCGACAGGCUCUGUGCUAGGGAGCUUGCCCCUGGGUGACAGGUGCUACCCUUUGGAAG